UGCACGCAUAUACCCGCUUGGACCACUGAGUAAAAAAAAUAAAAAAGGACCGUCCGUGAGAGUAGCCUACCUGUGUGAAAAACACACAGCAGACCCGGAACAUUUGAAACACGAGUUGCUCUCUUUAAAAAGAAAAAAGGAAAAAAAGAGGCUCGCAGAGCCACCAGCCUUCCAGUGGUGACUCCCCAGGAGUGAUCUCCUCCACAAUCAAUGAGGAUCGCGAUGCUCACGGCUCUCUCUCUCUCCUCUGUCCCCUUCUCCUCCUCCUCCUCUCUCGCCUCACAAGAUCAUUUCAUGCAUCUGCAACUUUUCUAUACAGACCACGAAGCAAAGCAAGUUAGGAUUUCAUUCUCUGCAGCCUUUUUUUUUUGUCCACUCUUUUUUUUUUAGGGGGGGGGGGGGGUCAUUUAAAUAAAUACCAUGAGAAGAGGACGGCUUGCUUUCACUUUUCUUGGGGAUGUAAUAUGUGGUGUUUCAGUGGUGUAUUGUAGGUAGGAUAAGGAAACGACAGCAUAAAAAAGGUGUGACAGGCGCCUUGGAAGACAACUGUGGAUUUCUGCGAGCAACUCCUACAGCGUCCAAAGGGGAUGAGGGGGCAUCGACCGAACCCCCCCUUUUGAUUGAUCACUUAUUAGUCAUCCUCUUUGGUUAAAUGGGACCAUUGAAAAGGCAACCGUGGAACUCAUAGCCUACUAAAUGAAUCAAAAAUUCCCGUGUCCCCCCCCUGCAUGUCUUCUCCAGGAGAGUUUUUCUGCUUCAGAGAGGGGGUCGAGCGUGGUUUUAGCAUUAUAAAGAGGGAAUAACAGCGGUGCUUUAUGGCUCUGGUGUUUAGAUUGGAUUUACACAGUUUUCUGCGCUUUGACAUGCGACUGUAAAAGAAGAGAAGCCACGCAACAAACUCGCCGAAGAUCGCAAAGAGAGGAAGAGCAGAGAACAUUGUGGACCUGUACCAAUUUCCUCCUAUUUAGUUAUAUCUGUUUUUUGAUUUUAAUUUUUUCCCGUUUUUUUUUUUUUUCUAAUUAUAUUUUGUUACUUAUCUCGUCUACCCCUCAAAAUGAAACUUUGGGCAUCUCCCUGCGUGGCUUGCUGUGCGGUGAUCCUCCUCUUGUGGUGCUUCGGAUCAGAGUGCGGGACGGUCAGAGAGAACAAGGGGAGAUCCAAGAGGGACUUGGUGCGUAUCAGGGAGGCAGCGAGAGCCGCCAGCUUCCCGGGGGCUUGUGCCACACGCCUGCCCCGGGGCAAGCGCUCCGUGGCCGGCUUGGAGCGCCGGCUGCCUCGCCAGCGACGGCGCUCCUCGCAGGCGGAGGAGGAUGACUCCCCGGGUCGGGGGGGCAAAGCCGUGUACUUCACCGGCUGGGGAGAUCAGCUCCGACUGAAGCCCGGCGUGGAGAUACCGAGAGGGAAUUUCACCCUGGAGAUGUGGAUCAAACCCGAGGGAGGUCAACGAUCGCCCACGGUGAUUGCAGGUCUUUACGACAAAUGUUUCUACGCCUCCAGCGACCGCGGCUGGCUGUUGGGCAUCCAGGCGGUCAGCGAGCAAGGCAACCGCGACCCUCGCUUCUUCUUCUCCCUUAAGACGGACCGCGCGCACAAGGUGACCUCCAUCCACUCCAACGCCCGCUACACACCUAACCAGUGGGCGCACCUGGCCGUCACGUAUGACGGCGUCUACAUGAAGCUCUACGUCAACGGCGCCCAGGUGGGCGUCAGCCGUGAGCAGUCGGGCGACGUCUUCAGUCACCUGACCAAGAAGUGCAAGGUGCUGAUGAUCGGCGGCAACGCGUUGAACCACAACUACAGGGGGGCGGUGGAGAGGGUGGGCCUCUGGAGGCAAGCCCGGGGGCAGAGGCAGAUCAUCAGGGACAUGCAGGGGCAUGAAGACCCCCAAGAGCUCCCUCAACUGGUCAUCCGCGAGAACUUUAGGUAUCCGGACCGGAAGUGGCUCACAGUGAAAGACGGCAACUUCCCGAAGCCCGAGCCGGGGAUCAACGGGCGCUUGGGGUACGCGGGGGGCAUUGGCGGCGGCGGCGGCAGUAUCGGUGAGGGAUUUCUGGACACCACGUUGGAACCUCCACCGUGCGGCCAGACGGUGUGCGACAACGUGGACGUCAUCAAACACUACAACCACCUGUGGAACUUCCGCAAGCCCAAGACGGUGCGGUACCGCGUGAUCAACGUGUGGGACGACGCUCGCAAGCGGCCCACCGUGUUCGACCACCAGAUCAGCCUGCAGCACCAGCAGCUCAACGACGCCUUCGGGCCCUACAACAUCACCUGGGAGCUGAGCGUCCACAACGUGACCAACUCGUCCCUCCGCGACCGGCUGAUCCUGGCCAACUGUGAUAUCAGCAAGGUGGGCGACGACCAAUGUGACCCAGAGUGCAACCACCCACUGACGGGCUACGACGCGGGGGAAUGCAUCUCGGGCCACCGUAGCCGCUGCCCCGAGUACAAGCAGGGCAACGGGGUGUGCGACGCGGAGUGCAACCUGGAGAACUUCUCCUACGACCUUGGCGACUGCUGCAACCCCAACGUGACGGACGUGACCAAGACGUGCUUCAACCGCUCUUCGCCGCACAAGGCGUACCUGGACGUGAAGGAGCUGAAGGAGGUAGUCAACCUGGACGGCUCCGCCCACCUCAACGUCUUCUUCGCCAACUCCUCUGAUGAAGACCUUGCCGGCGUGGCAACCUGGCCCUGGGACAAGGAGGCACUGACACACCUGGGCGGCAUCGUGCUCAACCCGUCCUUCUACGGCACCUUCGGCCACACGGACACCAUGGUGCACGAGAUCGGCCACAGCCUGGGCCUGUACCACGUCUUCCGGGGCAUCUCGGAGACUGAGUCUUGCAACGAUCCCUGCCUGGAGACGGAGCCCUCCAUGGAGACGGGGGACCUGUGCGCCGACACGAAUCCAACGCCCAAGCACAAGGGCUGCCACGACCCCGAGCCCGGCAACGAGACCUGCGGCUGCCGGCACUUCACGCACACGCCCUACAGCAACUACAUGAGCUACGCGGACGACGCCUGCACGGACUCCUUCACGCUGAACCAGGUGGCCAGGAUGCACUGCUACCUUGACCUCAUCUACCAGAACUGGCAGCCCGCGUCCAAGCCCCCGCCGGUGCCCAUGGCGCCUCAGGUGGUGGAGCAGCACCCCAACGCCGUCACCCUGGAGUGGUUCCCGCCCAUCUCGGGACACUUCUACGACAGAGAAUUGGGAUCAGUGUGUGACAAAUGCACGGAGGGGAGAGUCCUGCUGCAGUACGCAUUCAAUUCUUCGUCGCCGCGACCCUGCGCUCCGUCCGGACACUGGUCUCCGCGAGGAGCUGAAGGCCCGCCCGACGUGGAGCAAGUGUGUGAGCCCAGCGUGCGCACCUGGAGCCCCAACUCGGGCCUCGAGCAGGGCGCGGUGGGCCUCUCCGAGUGCCCGCUGCAGGGCUGCAUGCUGCAGCUGGAGUUCCCCUACCCGCUGGUGCCCGACUCCCUGACCGUGUGGGUCACCUUCUGCAGCCCGGAGGAGACGGCGCUGCCCGCCAUCCACAACAUCCUGCUGCUCACCGUCAGCGGCGACAACGUGUCGCUGGGGCCCAGCAACGUCUUCUGCGACGCGCCGCUCACCCUGAAGCUGGCCGUCGAGGAGGAGGUGUACGGCGUGCAGUUCUUCACCAUGGAGCAGCACCUGGAGAUCGACGCCACGCUGCUGGCCUCCAAGCCCGACUGUCCCCUGUGCUGGCAGUGCCGCCCGCUGACGUACCGCCUGAUGCGCCAGCCCCCCUUCUCCCACGCGCCGCGCGGCCUGCUGCUGGGCGACUCCUCCCGGCGGUACACCGACAGGGAUGUGGUGUCUCAUGUGGUGUACAAGUACCAGGUCCAGACCAUUUCCAGCCGCAGCGAGAGUGAGCCUUCCCCGCCUCUCGCUCACGAACUGGGGGCUUCCUACUGUGGUGAUGGACACAUCCAGAUCAACAAGGGAGAGGAGUGUGACGACAUGAACUCCAUGAAUGGAGAUGGCUGCUCCAGCCGCUGUAAGAAGGAGCCCUCCUUCAACUGUGUCGAGGAGCCCAGCAUGUGCUACUACUACGACGGCGACGGCGUCUGCGAGGACUUUGAGCGGGAAACGGGGGUGAGGGACUGCGGCCUGUACACGCCCAGCGGCUUUCUGGACCAGUGGGCCGCCACAGUGGAGGUCUCCCACGAGCUGAAGCCCUACUGCUCCGGGGAGGUCGCCGCCGGCUACCCCGCCGUCACCAAGACGUGUCAGUCCAAGGUGUUUGAUCUAUCAGAUGGGGUGUCCCAGUAUGCCUGGUUCCCCUGCAGAGAGGCCCACGAGACAUCCUGGGGGAACCCCAACUACUGGCUCAAGGCCCACUUCUCUCACCCCAUGGUGGCAGCGGCGGUCAUCAUCCACCUUGCGGCGGACGGGACGAGCUACCUGGACCAGACCCAGUGCAACAUCACCGUCCAGCUGGUGGACACCAAGGGGGCCUUCCACAGUCUAGGCGACUGGGGUCUGAGCUGCCGCACCAACCCUCUGGUGAUCCCGGUGAGCCACGACCUGUCGGUGGCCUUCUACCACACCAAGGCCAUCCUGGUGACCUUCGCCUCCGAGCUGGUAGCCGUCUCCGGCGUGGGCCUGCGCUCCUUCCAGUCCUUCGACCCCAUCACCAUCAGCGGUUGCCAGAGCAACGAGAUCUACAACCCGACGGGCCAAAGUUGUGUACAUUACUCGUGUGAGGCCAUUGACUGCCAGGAGCCGCUGAUCCGCAAUGCAGAGCUCAAGUGCAGCAGCCCCGGCCGUCACUUCUACAACGGCGACCGCUGCACCAUUGCAUGUGACUCCGGCUACGUCCUGCAAAUCCACCAGGACGAUGACAUCAUCAAGAGCAAGCUGGACUCCACCGUCACCAUCACCUGCGCCGACGGGAAGUGGAACAAGCAGGUGUCCUGUGAGCCGGUGGACUGCGGCCUGCCCGACAAGUACCACGUCCACCCGGCCCACUUCGUCUUCCCCAACGGCACCACCUACGGCACGAAGAGCGUCUUCCAGUGCAAGGAGCCUGCGCAGCUCGUAGGCACCAACAACACGCUGACCUGCCUGGAGGACGGUCUGUGGUCCUUCCCGGAGGCCCUGUGCGAGCUGCGCUGCCCGGCGCCCCCCCCGGUGCCCAACGCCGUGCUGCAGACCAAGCGCUGCAACGAGACGGGGCUCAAAGUGGGCUCCCUCUGCAAGUACAAGUGCCGGCCGGGCUACCACGUGGCCAACAAGCCCAAGAGGCGUGCGUUCAAGCGCCAGUGCACGGAGGACGGCCGCUGGAUCGAGGGCGCGUGCGAGCCCGUCACCUGCGACGCGCCGCACGCCAUCUUCCACGGCUCGUACAGCUGCACCGACGGCUUCCGCUUCGACAGCGUCUGCCGGCUCAACUGCUCCGACCCGCCGGCCGCCAGCUCCGUCUACGGCGGCGGCGGCGGCGGGGGUGGCGCCGGGGGUACCGGACGCUCCGCCCACACGGCCCCUGGGUCCAACAGCAUCAGAUGCAGGAAAGACGGUAACUGGACGGGCUCCUUCCGCCUGUGUCCCCAGAGCCGGGGCCAGUGCUCUCUACCGCAGAACCUCCACUACAGCCUGCAGUACUCGUGCAAGCGAGGCCACGGCAUAGGUGAGGACUGUGAGCUAACGUGCAGGGAGAGUAACAACGAUGUGGUGAUGUUGCCUAGCAACCUGACAGCAGACUAUGUACUCACCGAGCACUGGAGGAACCCUCCCAAAGUCAAGAGCAUCGUGUGCACGAUGGGGCUGAAGUGGUAUCCCCACCCGGAGGCGCUCCACUGCAUCAAAGGAUGUGAGCCGUUCAUGGGAGACAACUACUGUGACUCGGUGAACAACAGGGCCUUCUGCAACUACGACGGAGGGGACUGCUGUCAGUCCACCGUCAAGACCAAGAAGGUGAUCCCGUUCCCGAUGUCCUGCGACAUACGGGAUGAGUGCUCCUGCCGGGAUCCCAACUCCAUGGAGAACCGGAAGGAGGAGCACGUCCACUCCCUGGGGUGACCUGUCGGGGAGGUGGAGCCUUCCUCCCUCCUCCAUGGCCCCCCCGGAUCUCCAACAUCCAUCACACACAGCCAGAGUGGCCGAGACAGACCUCUCUCUCUCCACCACCACAACCACCACCUCCGCCUCCUUCCUCAUCCUCAUUUCGGCUCCCACCACCACCACCACCAGCCACCACCACCACCAACCCCACUCUCCUCCUCCUCCUCCUCCUCCUCCUCCUCCUGCUCCUCCUCAACUUCCUGCACAUGCUGCUUAACAGGCAUACCUCUCCGUCCAAACUGCAAAACCCAAAACCAGCCGAACUGCCUCCAAUCUCCACGUCGCAGACUGAUCUCAAACACAAAGAAACAGGAAAAGCAAGUCCCGGCAGAAAAAGAGAAAUUAGAAAGACCCACGUUCGCUCCAAUGUAUAAGGAAGGUAACCCCGUUGCGAUUCCGUCGUACAGGGAAACCAAACACGUACAGCAAAAAGGGGGAAAGAAUAAUUAAAAACAAUAUGAAAAUUCAGAAGGUUGUCAGCAACAAUUUGAAAAAGGGAUACACAAACAAGCCUCGGUAGCAUGCCUUUUGUUCAGUUUGUGCCAGCAUUGGUGUAAAUAUUAACGAUAUCAAUGCCAUAUAAUCUCAUGAGUCAAAAUGGUCGAAUGUGUCCUAGGUAGUUCCAUGAUUUGCUUUUAUGAAGGAGAGUAUCACCCUCAUAUUUAACAAAGAAACAAAGUCAUGGGCACUCAAACGCAUGCUACUAACUUUAAGAAAGGGCUUGAUUUUUGUGACUUCCUCUUCCUUGAUUCUAAACUGGCUAGACAUUUGAUAUCCCUAAUGCUUCACAGCGAUGUAUUGCUUAUCUCCUGAGUAUCUCUGGCCAUACAGAUGAUUCUCUAAACAGGCGGUCAGAAUAAACAAACGGUCUAACGGGAAAUGAGUCAGCCAUACAGUUGAGUUGCAAACAAAUUCUUCGUAACAAAAAAAACUUGAAACAAAUUAGUACCUCGUUUCUCCAUGAUGAAUCACCACAAAACUAGGUUCCAAAACUCUUUUUAUAUACUUCUAUUUGGAAUGCAAGUCCAGUGAUUCUUUUUAGCAUGACCUCUGCUACUAUGUUUGCUGCUACUUGCGAUUUUAACAUAACAUUAAUCUAAUGGAGUUAGACAAUGCCUUGUCUUCCUUGCUUAACCCCCUUUGGGAAUUCAUUUACACUUGCAUACGUAUGCAUGUACUAAAACACACAUUGGGACAGAACGCAUGCUGGCUACACCACAUUAUAAAUGCACUAGGAACUUUUUACAAACCUGGAACCUCACUUCUCCAUCUCAACGUAACUUUGCAAGUUCGCAAAAGGAAAGGCGAAAUACAUUGAUUUUACACAACUUAAAGAAUGUCAUUGAUAACACCUCACUAAGGGACGGCCUCAUUUCAAUCUCAGUUCAAACUCUUUCCUUUAUGGAAAAAGGCACUGGAGGAGAACUCACGAGUGGACAGUAGAGGUAAUCACGAAUGGCCGCUUGAUAGCCCUGAGCGUCCGGAAAUAGUUUUUGGACUGAAAUUGAAAUGACUGCCAGCCUGUUAAGAAUGUAGUCAAUGCUCGUCAGGUUUUCUCAAUAUUUUUUACCGCUUCAUUGCACAGUAGGUCUACUGCACGGCCCAUCCACAGAGACAGGGCUGGACGUAGGCCAACCUUGGCAGGAGAAUACCACAUUCUCUCUCAUGAUUACCCUCUUAGGUUUGCUUAGAUGCAUAUUGAAAUGACAUUUGGAUGUAUUCAUCACAAAAAAACACCGCAACGUCCUCUUCUUAGGUUUAGAAGUUGUUUGCCGUUAACGGUGCAACGGUGGAAUCGGCUCUUUGCGAUACCGAGAACGUAUCCAUCCCUCCACCAAAUCCCGCCCGAUGGAUUUCAAUAGUUGAUAUGGCUGCUAAUCUGUGUCUGUAUUUCUUUCUACUUUCCAUUCCAAAUGUAUGCAACGGUUUUCCUCAUGCGUAUUCGAUUACGAAGGCUGCCUGACGAUUUGGUCCCCGACUUUUUUUGCUGCUCUUCUUUUUUCUGGUUACCAACCUCGUCAUGGUGACCGCCCUCAUCAGGGUCCCCGCUCUGUAUCUCGUCUUUUCCUCGGCCACGGUCCCGUAUUAGGCUGCUAUCGCAUACGACACAAUGAAAACAUGGUCGUAGACAGAGGGCAAGCUGAAACGAGUAGUCAUUUAGUACAAAAUCAUCGUGUAUCGGAAUCUGUAUCAAUCGAUCAACUAGGACAACACCACCACAAGCAAAAAAAAAGAAAAGAUAACGAGGAACGUAUUAUUUUCAAAUCGGUAUAGUGUAAAUAUUACUAUAUGUUCUUUAUGACAAAUAAGUUGAAGAAAAAACGUUUUAGGUUUUGUUUUUGUUUUAUGUCAUAUUUAAUCAGUAUUUGUAUCAUUGACCUCAGUUACUGCACUUUUUUAGUUGCCAUGUAAGAAGAAUAGUAUAUAAUUCAAACAUGUUUAGAAGCUGCUAUUGUUGAAAUGGUGAUUUGAAACAAACUUUGAUAUUCUGUCAUUUGACUGUCUUUAUUACUAUUAGCUUUUCUUUGCUAAGUGUGUUUUGAAUCCUAAUCCCUAAAAUCGACCUUCCCGCCAAAUAUAUGAACUGGUUUUUGGAUCCAAGAAGCCUAUGGAAAGACAGAAGCUUGCUAUUAUUCUUAUAUUCAUCUUCCAUUUUCCAUAAAGACCUCGUGAAAAACAUACAUCAGAGGUCAUUAUAUAUUACAAAUAUAGCUGUUGUGUAAUGUAUCAUCUUAGGUUUUGUGUUUUUAAGUUUCCGCAGAGAAACCGAGGAUUGUUAUUAGGGAAAGAGAGCUAAAUGAAGCAACUACCAAAAAAGGGACUAUGGAGAGACUUUUUUUUUUUUUUUACUUUAGUUUCUUUGGGGGGAAAAAAGGAACUAGGGUGUCCUGACAUGAUACAUGAUCUUCUAAGAUUGCAGUUAACACUUUAUAUGAAAAAAAGAAAUAUAUAUAGCCCUGGUAAACUGAAUUGUUAUAUGUUGAUCUUAUCAAAUGAUAUGUACUAUUACUCAACAAUACUGCUGCUUCCCAUAUAACUAUUUUGCCAGUGGGGAGACUGACCUUAAGUCAACAACAACAACAACAACAACAACCACAACAACAAUAACUGUACACACCAAUGACACACAGUUCUUUCGGUUGGUCAUUUGAGAGGAAACAGAAAACAAAAAGCCAGGUCCUAAAGGCCUCCCCGCCCCCCAUUUGUAUGGAUGUAUCGCUGACUUUUGAUUGGUUCAAACCGGAAAACGAAACGACUAGCCGUUUCACAAACUUCACGACAAAAUCUCCUCCACCUUGUCCUGAAGGUACACUUGUAUUAAUUCCAUUGAUGCAGGAACCAAAAAAAAAGCAAAAAAAAAAAAAGUCAUAAAAAAACAAAAACAAAACAAGA